CCCACGUCAUCUUUCACAUCUGAGCUCCCCAGUGAGGAUAUAUCCGAUUUCUCGGACUCCGAGUUCGACAUCGUCUCGAGCUCCGGUAGUACGAGGAGUCAUGAACGCGAGGGAGCGGUGUCGGUUAACAAUAUAGAGGAGAGUGAAGAAGAGUUUCAGACAGCUACGCUUGAGCCCGCUUCGUUGCUGGACACGGACUGGCUUGGUGUCACAACUUCUACGAUCACCCCUAAUCAUGGCGUAGUGCGGCUGCAAGGAGCCGCGGUUGCGAAACCUGUAGAAUCCAACGCGACGACGAUCACUGACGAUGAUGCGAUCGUUAUGGAUGCGCUUUCUCGGUCACUGGAGCGUUCUACGGAAUCUGUCCAUACAAGCACACCUAUCAAUGGCUCGCUUCAUAAUUUGCAUUUCGUCACGUCUCCCAAGCCCGCGCGGCGUCCAUCUACCGCUCCCGCUCGUGCACAAUCUGCAGCUUCCACGCCCAUGUCAGGUUCUGGCAUCCAAUUGGAAUUCCCUGACCCCUUAUCGACGUCCGAUGAGUCGAUUGGACACAUCUUCACGACCGUCACGCAAUCCCCUAUUCCGGAAGCGUGCGUCCAGACCGAAUUGCCGAAGCAAAUCCAGGAUUCUCCCUCCCUCGAAAUGGCAACCCUUGUCGAAGGCAUCCCCCGGUCCACCGCUGAACCCAACAAUGCGACGGUCCCUGUCAUCGUGGAGGCAAGGGUUCCCACAACCCCCGCAACUAUCGGAGAGCCAGCUAGUAAGGCCUUUGAUGAGAAACUCGAGCCAUCGAGUCCUCAUUUUAUUCGCGCCCGAGCGAGCGCGUUCACGGAAGGCAGGCACGUUGCACUGGUACCCAAGGUGAUACUCAAUGCCGCAAAUAUACUGGGCCAUCGUUGGGCUGCCUCCGUG